AUAUUGACUCAUUGAAACUGCAGACAGAUAGGAAAGGUACACAGUGAUGGCAGACCCAAAAUAUGCCAAUCUUCCAGGAAUUGAUCAUGACGCCCCUGAUGUUUAUGAAACAGAAGACUUGCCAGAAGAUGACCAAGCCAUGCAGCUACCACAGGAGGAAGCAAGUGAUAAUAUAGAAAAAUUAACACUGGACACUAAUGCUGCCCUGGGAAAAUUCAAAGGGUCAGAGGUCAAAGCUGAUGAACUAGAUUUCUCUGAUAGAAUAACUGGGUCAAGAAGGACAGGAUAUGAUAUUGAAAAGACAGAAUAUGAAAUGUUGGAAGAUGGGUCCAGCAAGAUAGAAACCCCACAACAAAAGUUUCAGAGACUCCAGCAUGAGAUUCGCGAGCUUGGGGAGGAAGUUCAUACCAUCAAGGAGAAUGUGAAAAAGGAGGUCACAGCUAACAAGACCUCCCCUGUGGACCUCAGUAAGCAACUGGAGUAUCUACAACACCAACUCAAUGACCUUCACCUUGAGAAACUUUUAGGACCAGAGGCCAAGGUUGAUUUAUCAGAUCCUCAAGGUCAACUGCAGAAGCGCCUUUUGACAGAACUGGCUGCUUAUAAACCAACAGAGGGAAAGCCAGCAUCAGGUGCCAAAACAGGAAGUGGAUGUGUGACCUAUGAACUUUUCUACAGACCAGAGCAAGCCCAGUUCAGCAGAAAUGCCAGACUGGCCAAACUGGAGGAGAGACUAGAGAGAUUAGAAGCUGUGCUGGGCCAGAGCUCAGACAAAGUGGGAAUACUUACAGCAGACACUGAUAACAAAGGUGUAGUGGAGUCUGUUGGAGUUCUUAACUCAAAACUUUCCCUGUUGGAGCCCAGUAAUAUUGACCAAGUUGAUGUUCGACUAGCAAGUGUUCUUCAGAAGCUGAAUCAGAUAGCCGACAAGAAAACGGGGCAAGCUGACCUAGAAAGACAAAAUAAGGUAUCAGAACUGUAUGAUAUGGUGAAGAAAUGGGAUUCAGUGAGAGAUACUCUUCCACAUGUGGUGGACAGACUUGUGUCUCUAAAAGAACUUCAUGAACAAGCCUUACAAUUUAGUCAGCUGUUGUCCCAUCUGGAUACAGCACAACAGGAGAUUACAACAACGCUGGCUGCUCAUGGUGAUAUGAUGAAACAGCUUCAAGUGAUGUUUCAAGAAAAUAGUAAAACAGUGAAGUCUAAUUGCGAGAGUUUAGAUCAGCGAUUAAAAGCUCUGGGCAAGUGAUUUCUGUGUAGAAUAUAAACAAUUUCUAAGUGUACAUUAACCUGAGUUGUCAUGGUGCCGAAUCUCUCAGCAUCAGGUGUUAGUAAAAUCUUGUUCUAAUUAUGUAUUGGUUGUUACAUCAUGGAUCAAAUAUUGCAUUUUUCAUUGAACAAUUCUUCAGAUUGUAUAAAUUUGCUGGAAAGAAAGAUUAAUUUAUUAUUAGUUUUAUAUUGUAGCUGUGGAUUUUUAUGUAGGCCUACUGCAUUA